GAUUUGGAUGAGUGGGACCCAAUCAAUCAAAACACACAGUAUUGUGUUCUCCGUCCAUGUCGUCGAUGGCGGAAAGCGAGGAUUCACGGAUGCUUCAGAAGCUGAGCCGCAUCGCCACCCAAAUCUCCGAAAUCCCUUCCUUCAAGACCGUCAUCAAGAGGCGAUGCUGGGACCUCACUCGCAGAAUAAGGUUCCUCACACCUCUCUUUCAAGAACUACAGAACGACGUCGUUUUGAGCCACGACGUUUACGACGCUCUUGAUUCGCUCCAUGAAGCUCUCCUCAAGGCCAAGGAAUUGCUCCAUUUCGCUUCCCAAGGAAGCCAGCUUUUCAUGAUACUGGAGAGAGAGCAAAUUAAGUGCAAAUUCACUGAUGUUGCUGUUCGUUUUGAACGUGGAAUAAGCAAGAUUUCCUUUGACGAACUUGAUAUUUCUGAAGAAGUUAAGGAACAGGUUGCGCUUGUGACUGCGCAGUUUAGAAGAGCCAAAGAGAAGUUUGAUCCACCAGGUCUUGAGCUUUAUGAGCACUUGUUGCCCGUUUUCAACCAGAGCUAUGAUGUGAAUACUGAAACUGCUGAACUAUGUUUAAUCUGUGAAAAGCUACAAUUUACCCAUGUGGAUGACAUCAAACAAGAGUCACUCGCUCUACAGAAGAUGGUAGUAGACAGGGGUUUCCCUUUUGAGAAAAGCAUACACGAUAUGUCUAUAGUGCUGAAAAAAUUUGAAGAAUUCUUGGUGAUGAAAUCUGGAAACAAUGUUGUGUCAACAAGUGAGGAUUUCCCUCAUACUGAUGAGCCAUAUGUGAAACUAUGUCCGCAAUCACUGGUUGUACCUGAUGAGUUUCAAUGCCCAAUAUCUCUAGAGCUAAUGAAAGAUCCUGUUAUCAUUUGCACAGGGCAGACAUAUGAACGAUCUUGCAUAAAGAAAUGGCUUGCAGCAGGGCAUGAAACAUGUCCCAAGACUAGGCAGAUUCUUUCCAGCCGUGUCCUCAUACCUAACCAUGUUUUAUACAGUCUGAUAUCAAAUUGGUGUGAGGCUAAUGGAGUGGAAUCACCUAAAAGAUUAGGAAGUUUACGACUUUGUAAGACAGCAUCUGAUGGAUCUUCUGAGUUAAUAGAUCUUGAUAUCUUGAUGAACAAACUUGCUUCUAAUGAUAUUGACAAUCAGCGAUUGGCAGCAGGGGAGCUGCGACUUCUUGCCAAGAACAAUGGUCAAAAUCGAAUGCUGAUUGCUAAAGCUGGUGCUAUACCCCUCCUUGUUGAUCUCCUUUAUGUACCUGAUGCUGGCACCCAAGAGCAUGCAGUCACUGCUCUACUGAACUUGUCUAUCUAUGAGGAUAAUAAAGCAUGCAUCAUGGCCUCAGAGGCUGUGCCAGGUAUCCUUCAUGUGCUAGAAAAUGGUAGUAUGGAAGCUCGGGAGAACGCAGCAGCCACCUUUUUCAGUCUCUCUGUGGUGGAGGAGAACAAAAUGGUAAUUGGUGCAUCUGGAGCAAUCCAGGCAUUAGUUACUCUAUUUUGCAAGGGAAGCCAAAGAGGGAAAGUGGAUGCCGCAACAGCACUUUUCAGCCUGUGUUUAUAUCAAGGGAACAAAGGACGAGCAAUUAGAGCCGGUAUUGUUCCCAAGUUGAUAGAAAUGCUAACUAAACCUGGUGGGGAGAUGAGAGAUGAAGCAUUGGCAAUCAUGGCUGUAGUAGUUAACCAUCCGGAUGGAAAAGCAGAAAUUGGAUCUAUGAAUGUUGUGCCCACUUUGGUGGAGUUAAUAGAUAAUGGAUCUUCUAGGAAUAAAGAGAAUGCAGCUUCAGUGUUAGUGCACCUCUGCAGUGCCGAUCCUCUACAUCUAUCAAUUGUUAGUUCACUUGGGUUGAUCAAUCCUCUCUUGGACCUGGCAGAAAAUGGUUCAGAAAGGGGCAAGCGAAAAGCUGCCCAACUUCUAGGCUUGAUAGGAGACCAUUGUGAAUACACUAGGAAACUGUCAACUAGAUUUUAGGUGCUUCUGUUGCCUUUUUAAGUUGCAGCAGCUGGCAUAAAUAGUGAUCAAGGAUAUGAUUUACAAAAGAUUACUUGUAUAGGAUCCCCAAUAUUUCCUUUUUAUUUUUUAGUUAAAAGGAAAUUUCCAUUUUACUCAACCAAUCAUUUUGUUGAAUUGUAUCACCUGUGCUGCAAGGCUGGUAAGAUGUGUUAGGUGGCUGUUCGACACAGUUGCAAUAUUGAUUUUUUUCCCAGAAGAAAAAAUUGUGUAUACUUUUUCAUCUCAAACGCCUACUGGCAGUUCUUUUUUGCAAUGGAAUGUCUUUAACAGUUGUUU